AUGCCGCGAGCGAUUUCAGUCAAACAUACUCCGGGCAAGCCUGGGCAGGUAUAUUAUCCCCUGAGCAUCGACACUGUACCGAAACCAAACCCGGGACCAGGCCAACUAAUUGUUAAAUUUCACGCGAUCAAAAGUGCUGCCCUCAAUCAUCGAGAUUUAUUUAUUCGUCAGGCUCUUUACCCGGCCAUUGGUUUUGGAGUACCUCUCCUGGCCGACGGAUGCGGUACGGUGACCGAUGUGGGUUCCGGGGCUGAUGCUUCGUGGAUCGGCAAACGAGUGGUGCUCAACCCAGGUACGGGGUGGGAAGAAGCCCUCGAAGGACCAGAAGACCCUCGAGGGUAUCGGAUCUUGGGCGGCACGAAGUCCAACGACAUCGGCACAUUACAGGAAUAUUGUGCCAUUGAUCAGAACGAAGUCGAGGAAGCACCUGCGCACUUGAGCGACGUGGAAUGUGCGGCGAUCCCUCUGACUGGACUCACGGCGUGGAGGGCGGUCAUGGUCAAGUGUGGUUCUCACAAUCUUCAACCUGGAAAGAACAUUCUCAUCACCGGUAUUGGCGGUGGUGUGGCUUUGAUGGCACUUAUGUUCGUCACGGCGACAGGAGCCAAUGCCUGGGUGACGAGUGGUGACCAGGCCAAGAUUGACCAGGCCGUCGCACUGGGCGCAAAAGGUGGUGUGAUUUACAAGGAGAAGGACUGGCACUCCAAACUCCUCAAGAUGUUGCCAAAAGACAAUAAAAAGUUUGAUGCCAUUGUGGACGGUGCCGGUGCUGAUAUAGUUGAAAAAGGGGCCAAACUAUUGAAGGAUGGUGGUAUAGUUUCAAUCUAUGGUAUGACGGUGAGUCCGAAGAUGCCAUUCUUGAUGCAAGCCGUCUUGCGCAACAUUGAAGUCAAGGGUUCAACUAUGGGGAGUCGGAAGGAGUUCAAGGACAUGGUUGAUUUCGUCAAACGGUCCAAAUCGAAGCCCGUGGUGAGUCGAGUUGUCAGUGGUAUCGAGAAUCUCGAUGGUAUCAACGGUCUGUUCGACGAAAUGAAGAAGGGAUCACAGUUUGGGAAAUUGGUCGUCGAGAUAGGUGACCAGAGACAGGCCAAAUUGUGAAAUGGUGAUAUACAUAUCUACUGGGGACAUGUGGCAAUUGAGUUCUUCCCAGUCAGUGAUUGUGGAAUGAAGCUUUAUACAAUGAGGAAAUUUUGAGGAGAUCUAAGUCAUGGAUGAGGAAGAGCGUUGAAUAUUCAGUGGUAGUACCGAUGGAUAAAGUAGCUGGGUGGACAAGGUACCUUUGUACCUACCUAGGUAGUAAUGGGUAUAAAAUUCACAGAA